CGCGCUCACACAAAGUUUGUGCCUGCGGGUGCGCCUCUGUCGGCUCGCCUGGCUCCGAGAGCUGCAGGCGGGCGGCCGGGGGCGGCGAGGACCCGGGGCGGAGAGGCCGGGCUGGAGGCGGCGGCCGUGGCGAUGCGCCGCGCCCCGCCGAGCCCGUCCCGCCGCGCUAGGUGAGCCGGCUCCAGGCGCUCGGCCGCGGCCAUGGGCACCCUGGGCAAGGCGCGAGAGGCUCCGCGGAAACCUUCCCAUGGCUCCAGAGCUGCCCCUAAAGCAAGACUAGAGGCAAAAUCAGCCAACAGCCCCUUCCCUUCCCAUCCCAGUCUGGCCCAGAUCACCCAGUUCCGAAUGAUGGUGUCCCUGGGACAUUUGGCCAAAGGAGCCAGCCUGGACGAUCUCAUUGACAGCUGCAUUCAAUCUUUUGAUGCAGAUGGGAACUUGUGUCGAAGUAACCAGCUGUUGCAAGUCAUGCUGACCAUGCACCGAAUCAUCAUCUCCUCUGCGGACCUGCUGCAAAAAGUUAUGACCCUCUAUAAGGAAGCCUUGGCAAAGAACUCACCAGGGCUUUGCCUGAAGAUCUGCUAUUUUGUAAGGUACUGGAUAACAGAAUUCUGGAUCAUGUUUAAAAUGGAUGCCAGCUUGACGAACACCAUGGAGGAGUUUCAGGAACUGGUAAAAGCCAAUGGUGAGGAGCUACAUUGCCGCCUAAUUGACACAACUCAAAUCAACGCCCGUGACUGGUCCAGGAAACUUACCCAAAGGAUAAAAUCAAAUACCAGCAAGAAACGGAAAGUCUCCCUGCUCUUUGACCAUCUGGAACCAGAAGAGCUAUCUGAGCAUCUCACCUACCUUGAGUUCAAGUCCUUUCGAAGGAUAUCAUUCUCUGAUUAUCAAAAUUACCUUGUAAAUAGCUGUGUGAAGGAGAACCCCACCAUGGAGCGAUCCAUUGCCCUGUGCAAUGGCAUCUCCCAGUGGGUACAACUGAUGGUUCUCAGCCGCCCCACCCCGCAGCUCCGGGCAGAAGUUUUCAUCAAGUUCAUCCAUGUGGCUCAGAAACUCCACCAGCUACAGAACUUCAAUACAUUGAUGGCUGUAAUAGGGGGGCUAUGUCACAGCUCAAUCUCCAGGCUCAAGGAGACCAGUUCGCAUGUCCCACAUGAAAUCAAUAAGGUUCUGGGUGAGAUGACUGAGCUGCUGUCCUCCUGCAGAAAUUAUGACAACUACAGGCGAGCUUAUGGGGAGUGCACCCACUUCAAGAUCCCCAUUCUGGGGGUGCAUCUCAAGGAUCUCAUUUCCCUGUAUGAAGCUAUGCCCGACUAUCUGGAAGAUGGGAAGGUGAAUGUCCACAAGCUACUGGCUCUGUACAAUCACAUCAAUGAAUUGGUCCAGCUGCAGGAGGUAGCCCCACCAUUGGAAGCCAACAAGGACUUGGUGCACCUGCUCACGUUAUCUCUGGAUCUCUACUACACUGAAGAUGAAAUUUAUGAGCUUUCCUAUGCACGAGAGCCAAGGAACCACAGAGCCCCACCACUAACACCUUCAAAGCCACCGGUAGUAGUAGACUGGGCCUCCGGAGUAUCUCCCAAACCAGACCCAAAGACCAUUAGCAAACACGUCCAGAGGAUGGUGGAUUCUGUCUUCAAGAACUAUGAUCAUGACCAGGAUGGAUACAUUUCUCAGGAAGAGUUUGAAAAGAUUGCUGCCAGUUUUCCAUUUUCCUUCUGUGUGAUGGACAAAGACAGGGAAGGCCUCAUCAGCAGGGAUGAGAUUACAGCCUACUUCAUGAGGGCCAGCUCUAUCUACUCUAAACUGGGCCUGGGCUUUCCUCACAACUUCCAAGAGACCACCUACCUGAAGCCCACUUUCUGCGACAACUGCGCUGGAUUUCUCUGGGGAGUGAUCAAACAAGGAUAUCGAUGUAAAGACUGUGGGAUGAACUGCCACAAACAAUGCAAAGACCUGGUGGUUUUCGAAUGCAAGAAGCGAGCCAAGAACCCAGCACCUUCCACUGAGAGUAGUACCUCUGUGGGGCCAAUGCCCAACCUCUGCUCACUGGGAGCCAAAGAUCUGCUCCAUGCACCUGAGGAAGGCUCUUUUACACUCCCUAAUGGGGAAAUGGUGGAACACAGUGAGGAGAAUAAGGACCGAACAAUCAUGUUGAUGGGAGUGUCCUCACAGAAGAUUUCUGUUCGUCUGAAGAGAACUGUUGCCCACAAGACUACCCAGACUGAGUCACUUCCUUGGAUUGGCAGUGAGGGCCCUCCAGGUCACUUUGUGUUGUCUUCUCCAAGGAGGACAGCCCAGGACACCCUUUAUGUGCUUCCCAGUCCCACAUCUCCAUGCCCCAGCCCAGUCUUGGUCAGAAAGCGGGCUUUUGUCAAGUGGGAAAAUAAAGAAUCCCUCAUUAAAUCAAAAGAAGAGCUCCGUCACCUCAGACUCCCAACCUACCAAGAGCUGGAACAGGAAAUAAAUACCCUGAAAGCAGAUAAUGAUGCCCUAAAGAUCCAGCUGAAAUAUGCACAGAAGAAAAUAGAAUCUCUCCAGCUUGAAAAAACCAAUCAUGUCUUAGCACAAAUGGAGCAAGGUGACUGUUCUUAGCCCAGAAACUCAAGAAGCACAAUUUGUAGAUGAGUAUACUGGAGAUCUAUUCUUUCACUGAUUAACCUUACAUGGACUGUUUAAAGAGGGUACUUUAAAAAGGAAAAGCAGUUUUUGUUAUUUGUUUUUACCUAAAAGAUUCCUAAUCUGUAGCACGGUUUCCUCUUUUAAUCAAUUGGCUCAAAGGGGAGGAAAGCUGAAGAAUGAGAAACUUUUGGUAUUCAUACUAUUUUCCCUUUCUGGGACUAACACCAAAAGUGUGCUAAAACAUGAUUACAGUUUCCUGAAAGGGUAGCAUCUCAUGUGGCAUGCUCAACUGAUUCUUCUUGAGAACUAAAAUCUCUGGAAAAUGAAUUUGCUUCCUUCCCUGAGUUUUCUGUAAACUAAGGAAUUUAAUUUGUUCCACCCAACUUUUUUGUUCAUAAUGAAAAAAUACCCAAUUCCAAAGCAGAUUGACUCCUACAUGCCAGCACGCCUUGUGAAUCUGGUUUCUGCUUCACUACCUCAGACCUAAUCAAUUAGCUUCUUUCCCCUCCUUUCUCACUGUGCUCAUACACACGAGCAUAUCUACCUAGAAAUAAAUUUCCAGAAAUGCAGCCAUGGCUUUUUAGGGACCUAGUAAACAACACAACAUUAUCCAAUUGCAGGUCUGCAGGUCAACUCAUUGUUCUAGUCUUAAGUCAUUAUAGGUAAUCAAAUCCAAUACCUGGAAACAUAGCUAUUCCCAUCUCAUACAUGACUGGCUUAAUGAGCUAAAACAAUGUGAACAUGUUUGUCCUCAUAUAU